GGUGGGUUAGCCGAGAUAGCAGCUGUUUCGGACAAGAGGAACACAGUAAGUCAGUUCCCGAGGAAUACAGAUGAGAUGGCUCCAGGAGAAGAAGUCUUGGAGCACUGUGGGGUUUUUUCAGCGACACAUAUGUGAAAGGAGACUUGGUGUCUUUGGAUUGCUGCACAAGGAUUCCAGUGGAUGCCCCUUCUACUUGUCUCUUGGCGGAAAACUUGCUUGUCUUUAAUGGAUACUGCUGCUGCUGGUUGAUCUCUGGAGACUUUACAGCUCCUUGCCUUUUCAGAGGAGAUAGCUACUUGUCCCCUCUCAAGGUCCCAGUGGUAGUAGCUUUUUAUCAGUAACCAUCUCUGGGGGAAAAAGAAGAUGCCUCUACCUUUUGGGUUAAAAUUGAAACGAACUCGACGUUACACAGUAUCCAGCAAGAGUUGCUUGGUGGCUCGUAUCCAGCUGCUCAACAAUGAAUUUGUGGAGUUCACGCUGUCGGUGGAAAGCACGGGCCAGGAAAGUCUGGAAGCAGUGGCUCAGAGGCUUGAAUUGCGGGAGAUUACAUAUUUCAGUCUGUGGUAUUAUAAUAAGCAGAAUCAGCGCAGAUGGGUAGAUUUGGACAAGCCUCUGAAAAAGCAGCUGGACAAAUAUGCCUUGGAGCCAACUGUGUUUUUUGGAGUAGUGUUCUAUGUGCCUACUGUUUCUCAGCUUCAGCAGGAGAUUACCAGGUAUCAGUAUUAUUUACAGUUAAAGAAAGACAUCUUGGAGGGCAACAUUCCUUGCACACUGGAACAAGCGAUACAUCUGGCUGGUUUAGCUGUUCAGGCUGAUUUUGGAGACUAUGAUCAGUAUGAAUCUCAGGAGUUUCUACAAAGAUUUGCUUUGUUUCCAGUGGGUUGGCUACAAGAAGAAAAAAUACUGGAAGAAGCGACACAGAAAGUUGCCUUGCUACAUCAGAAGUACAGAGGCCUUACUCCUCCUGACGCGGAAAUGUUAUAUAUGCAAGAAGUAGAGAGAAUGGAGGGCUAUGGUGAAGAGACCUAUCCUGCAAAGGACAGCCAAGGAAGUGACAUAUUCAUUGGAGCAUGUCUUGAUGGUAUCUUUGUGAAACACAAAAAUGGUCGUCCUCCUGUUGUAUUUAGGUGGCAUGAUAUUGCCAACAUGUCCCACAACAAAUCUUUUUUUGCAUUAGAGCUGGCAAACAAAGAGGAGACAAUCCAAUUCCAAACAGAAGAUAUGGAAACAGCAAAAUAUGUGUGGAGGAUGUGUGUGGCGAGACACAAAUUUUACAGACUAAAUAAAUGCAGCCUACAAACCCAGCCCAUUACAGUGAAUCCUGUUAGAAGGCGGUCUUCGUCCAGGAUGUCUAUGCCCAAGCCUCAGCCUUAUAUGAUGCCUCCACCACCUCAGCUGCAUUACAAUGGUCAUUACACUGAACCAUAUGCAUCCUCCCAAGAUAACCUCUUUGUGAGCAAUCAGAAUGGAUACUACUGUCACUCUCAGACUAGCUUGGAUAGAGCCCCUCACGACUACAGUGGUCGGAUCCGCAAUGGUAGUGUCUAUAGUGCACAUAGCACAAACUCCUUGAACAAUCCACAACAUUACUUGCAGCCGUCCCCAAUGUCCUCUAACCCAAGCAUUACUGGAAGCGAUGUCCUCAGAACUGAUUAUGUCCCGUCACAUAGACAUAGCGCACUAAUACCACCUUCUUAUCGUCCCACGCCAGACUAUGAAACUGUGAUGAGACAGCUCAACAGGGGAAUGGUGCACACAGAUAGGCAGAGUCAUUCCAUGAGAAAUCUUAACAUCAGCAAUUCAUAUGCUUACAGCAGGCCUGAUGCCUUAGUUUACAGUCAACCUGAAAUACGAGAACAUGCUCACUUUGCCUCCCCACAAUCUAACCAUUAUCCAUUUAACCUGAACUACAGUUUUCAUAGCCAAUCCCCCUAUCCCUAUCCUGCUGAAAAGCGCCCAGUUGUUGGGGCAGUCAGUGUGCCUGAGUUGACAAACGUGCAGCUCCAGGCUCAGGACUAUCCAGCACCAAAUAUAAUGAAGACCCAAGUCUAUCGACCACCUCCCCCAUACCCAUACCCAAGACCUGCAAAUAGUACUCCAGACCUUUCACGACACAUCUACAUUAGCAACAGCAAUCCAGAUCUUAUUACAAGGCGAGUGCACCAUUCUGUCCAGACAUUUCAGGAAGACAGCCUGCCUGUGGCACAUUCUCUUCAGGAAGUCAGUGAACCUCUAACAUCAGCACGCCAUGCUCAGCUGCAGAAAAGGAACAGUAUUGAAAUAGCAGGCUUGACUCCCAGCUUUGAAGGAAUAAGAAUUAAAGAGAGGACCAUGUCAGCUUCUGCAGCAGAUGUGGCUCUUCCAAGAGUUAUCUCAGAAGGGUCACAGCCCAGCAUUCUGAUGGAGAGAACAAAGCAAAAAGAAAGUGAGCAAGAAGAAGGUGUGAACUGUGAUCAUAAGAAAACCCUUUCAGAUGCCACUAUGCUGAUUCACAGUAGUGAGGAAGAAGAAGAAUUUGAAGAAGAAAACAAGGCUAGUACAAGUCUUUCUCCUCUCCCUGAAGAUCAAACCCAACUUUCAUCCGUUAUGGGUGGUUAUUCUCAUGACUCAGUACUGAACUACACUUAUAGCUCUGUUGCUUCAUCUGCUGGCCCUUUGCAUAUUCUUGAGCCUAAAUUACAUAUUACAGAGACAGAAAAGAGAAUGAAAGAUAUGAGCCCCGUUCAUUUACUAGUAGAAAGCCAGGUACAGAGAAGAGGGGAAGGACUGCUUACUCCAUCUAUGUCGGAAUCUGAUCUUACAACAUCAGGGAGAUACAGAGUAAGGAAAGAUUCAGUAAAGAAGAGACCUGUGUCCGAUCUUUUGUCUGGGAAGAAGAAUAUUGUGGAAGGCCUUCCCCCGCUAGGUGGUAUGAAAAAGAAUAAAAAUGAUGCAAAAAAAAUAGGGCCUCUAAAGCUAGCAGCCCUAAAUGGACUAGCUUUGACUAGAAUGCCUCUGCCAGAUGAGGGGAAGGAAGAAUCAACAAGAGCAACAAAUGAUGAACGGUGUAAAGUUCUGGAACAACGGUUAGAGCAAGGGAUGGUGUUUACUGAAUAUGAGCGCAUUCAGAAAAAAAGACUUAUAGAUGGUGAGUGCUCAAUAGCUCGGCUUCCUGAAAAUGCUGAAAGAAACCGGUUCCAGGACGUCCUUCCUUAUGAUGAUACCAGAGUAGAGCUAGUCCCAACCAAAGAAAAUAACACGGGUUACAUCAAUGCGUCUCAUAUCAAGAUCUCUGUUGGUGGCAUAGAGUGGGAUUACAUUGCUACACAGGGCCCUUUGCAGAAUACAUGUCAGGAUUUCUGGCAGAUGAUCUGGGAACAAGGGAUUGCUAUCAUAGCUAUGGUGACGGCAGAGGAAGAAAGUGGGCGAGAAAAAAGCUUCAGAUACUGGCCACGUCUUGGUUCAAGACACAACACUGUAACAUAUGGAAGAUUUAAGAUUACCACACGAUUCCGUACUGACUCAGGCUGCUACGCAACUACGGGUUUGAAGAUUAAACAUCUUCUCACAGGACAGGAGAGAACAGUUUGGCAUCUGCAGUAUACUGACUGGCCAGAGCAUGGCUGUCCAGAAGAUUUAAAGGGAUUUCUCUCAUACUUGGAAGAGAUACAGUCAGUGCGGCGCCAUACGAACAGCACUGCGGAUCCUAAAAACUCUAAUCCUCCUGUACUGGUACAUUGCAGUGCAGGUGUAGGACGAACAGGAGUGGUCAUACUGUCAGAGAUCAUGAUCGCUUGCUUGGAACACAAUGAGAUGCUGGACAUCCCACGAGUGCUGGACAUGUUGAGGCAGCAGAGAAUGAUGAUGGUGCAGACUCUUUCACAGUACACUUUCAUCUAUGGAGUUCUCAUUCAGUUUCUCAAAAGUUCUAGACUUAUAUAACUCCUGCCACUUCCUAAGGGACACUGCAAGAGUUUACAGAAAGAAAAUUACAGUUGUCCAGGCAGACCUGCUGUCACUGGUGUUUUCUUCGUAUGAUGAAUCACACAGUUACCUCUUAGGGCUGGUAUGUGACUGUUAGAUGCGAGUCACUGUAACAGUCCCUGCAAAGCAGGAUCUUCACUGGACUAAAUUCUUCCUGUGUUCAGCUGCAGUCAUAUUAGGGAAUGAUUUUACUUGUACUGGUCUGUAGUACUUGCAUAUGUUCUUUAGAGUGGUGUUAUUCUGGGCAAAAUAAGUAUCUUAUGGAAUGGAAGUACAUGACACAAUUUUACUAACAUUAUGUUUUAAAACAUAAUUGUUAACUCUGCGAAAGCUAAAAUCUGUAGAUGCACAUGGGGUGAGAAACCUGCUCCUUUGGAAUGUCAAGGUCUUAUGCAGUUUCAUUCUGCUUUCAAUUUUAUAUUUAGAACAAUACAUCUAUAUUUUUUAAAAUGAACUUUUGGUUUCCUCUGGUUUACUCAGCAAAAUUAGCAGCUCUUAGAUAUUUUAAGUUGUUGCUUUAAGGACAGUUAUUUUUAUAUUCAGCAUUUUUUAAUUAAAAAAAAACCCAAAACACCACAACCCAAAACUUUUUAAACAGCAUAAUAUUUUCAGAGGAGAAGACUGACAAUGUUUGAAGUAACUUUUCAAAAAUCAUGCAGAAAGUAGUAGGGGAAGCUAUUAGUAGUUAGUUGUAGUGCCGUGUAAUAGAACUGACAAGUGAAGAUGAUGUUAACUGUUGAUAACUUCCAUUUGAGCGGAGGCAUGUUUACCUGCAACAAGCAGGGGAAAAAUAUUCUAAUUAUCUACAAGGUUAUUGGAAACAAAUGGAUGAGAGAAAGUACAUAUUCAGUAUUAUUCAUAUAUUUAGAGGACAGUUUGAUUUUACUGGCUGAAAUCAAAGUGGAUGCAAAUGUUUUAAGCACUUUUUUUGCUUUAUUAUUUAUGUAGUUAAACAUAGAAACUGUAAUCAUGCAUUGUGUCAUAUGGUAAUAUACCAUUACUAACCUGUUAUUUUAGGAAGAGCCUUUUAAGUUGAUGAAGUGAGAGAACCAAAAUUGGAGUAAGAAGGUGCAUAGUGGCGAAGCGGAAAUGAUCAUACGAAACAUGAUGGAGGAGGUGUGGCAGCUAUGAUUGUUGGUUUACACAGUACGAAGAUGACCAUUAAAAAUGUUUGUGUUCCCAGUCAAGAAAGCCUUUAAAGCACUGGAAGUUUCUGUAGAAUCCUCCAGAUUAUUUUUUCAGUACUAGAACAGAUUUUGCUAAUGCUGUGCAGUGUUGCAAUGAAGAAUAUCCACAGAAGCUGUUUGAGAACGCCUGCAGAAUGUAAGAGCUCUUAGAGGUAACACUGGAGAUGUGGGUAUUUUAGUAGCUGUGUAGGUGGCUGAGUCAAUGGCUGUGGCAUGGACCUGAAGAUGAGUCGUACCUUUGGUAGUUUCCGUUUUGUCCCAUGGGUCUGGUCUAAUGAUGAUAUCCCUACAUAAUCCUCGGUGGUUUUCACAUGGGGACAGUGUGGUUUUACUUGCCUUUUCAAGUGUUUUGAGAUGCUGAGUUGAAAAUCCCUAUUCAAAAAAGUGAGCUAUUAGUUUGUAGAUACCUGGUUUAAUUUCAAAAAAACCCUAUGGUAGACCAGUCUUCAGGCAUGUUUAAGUGUCCAUUUCCCUUGAUACCUGCUUAGUGAAGUGAAAUGAGACUGAAAGUCAUUUUUAUCACUGGUGAAAUUAUGUUAUUUUUCUGAGCUGUAACGAGGGUUUGGAAACUAUUAUGAAUAAUCAAAACCCCUUCAAAACAAUAAUUGUCUCCCAGAACAUUGAUUAAGAAUAAUAAAUAGGUUGCCUCAA